GACUGCGGCGUACAAGUCAUUCUGCAUAUCCGUUUCACUUGGAAUGGACAGGAGUUUGAUCGACACGACGACUAUUCUGUUUCACGGCACAACGACUAUUCUGUCUUCGGACGACUCUCUACGUGAUGGGACAACAUGUUCUAUUCGAGUAUAUCUUAUUUGACGGACCACUCUCUGCAAGGACCUUUUGGAACGGCUAUCCUCUUCUGUGAUGGACAUUUGCAAUGGUCAUGCUAUCGGCGGCGGACACUCGGAGCGACCGUCCUCUUCUGCGAUGGACUUUCUGGAUUGUCUACCCUCGACGAUGGGUUUCGUCAUGGAGUUUUGCUUAUGGUUUCACCCUGCUUUCACACUUCCCUAAUGCUCCUUUCCCAACCCCAUCACCCUGCUUUCACAAAAUCAUCACAGUGCUUUCAUCUUGCUUUCACACCCCAUCACACAGUCCCCAGCUUUGAUUUCCCUUUAAAAACCCACAAAACCAUACUUCAAAAGUUGCACAAUCUGUACAGUCCUAGAGCAAUAGGGCUUUUCUCUUCUAUGAUUCUUCUCGGCGGGCAUGUACCUAGGUACCAGAUUCAAUGGGAAGUUCAAAUAUGUAUUAAACCGAGGCCCCUAUGUCGUGAUGUCGUCGUGAUGUGUUGAAGUGAAGCAAGGAACGACUGACGUCUCUAACCAUGGCGCCGAUCUUGGAGCGAGCAAAUAGCAGCUCGCCAAGAUGCGGCAGCAAAGCUGGCAGCGGAGCCAUGGCACCAAGGCGAGAUAGGUAUCGUGCUUCCGCAGCUGAAGGUCGCUACUACAAAGGUACAGUUAGUCGACCAAUGGCGCAGGUCUCGAAUUCACGGUAG